GCCAAAGAGCUCGCAUUUCCCUGGCGCGAGCGGUAUACAAGCGUGCAGAUAUCUACCUCAUGGACGACCCUCUAUCUGCCGUGGACGCACACGUUGCAAGACAUCUUUUCGAGUCUUGUAUAGUCGGUUACCUGCGCAAUACUACGCGCAUUCUCGUCACGCAUCAGCUGCAGUUUCUUAGGGACGUUGAUCAGAUCAUCAUAUUGAAGAACGGCGCAAUAGCGGCGGCAGGAGACUUCGAGCGGUUAAGCGCGUCGGGGUUGGACAUCGCGACCAUGAUAGCUCGUGAAGAGACGGAGGAAGAGAAACCUCCAGCUGACGCUGGAGUUCCUGUUGAACCAUCUGCAGAAGAAACAUCAUUGCAUUCCAGUUUCAGGAAGAGACAGUUGAGCAUACAUUCGGUGAGUUCCGUUGACAACUUAUCGGCGACUGCUCCUCCCGAAGGCGGGCGUGAAGAAGCGGAGAUGCGCUCCAAAGGUUCCGUGUCAGGCAUGGUGUACGCCGCAUACUUGCGCGCCAGCGGUAACGCCUGUGUCGUCGCUAUGAUGUUUAUGGUCGCGGCCAUCGCCCAACUUUGCGGUUCUGUGUCAGAUUGGUGGACUGGAUACUGGGUGAACCUGGAACAAGAUUUCGUAAAAGACGAAGUCGUGCGGUUACUAGGCAACCAGACACCAAUCGUUAGAGUCGGCGUAGAAACAUUGCGUGUCAACGAAACCAUUCUCACCUUCCCUAACGACGCACAAUACAAUGAUACAUUCCUUACGAGAUAUAUGUGCAUCUACAUUUACACUGGCAUGGUAAUAGGGCUAGUAGCAGUAUCUUUGUCCCGCUCCUUCAUGUUCUUCUCAAUGGCGAUGCGCGCAUCAACGCGUCUGCACAACACCAUGUUCGCGGCAAUCACGCGCGCGCCAAUGCGCUUCUUCCACGUCAACCCUUCUGGACGCAUCUUGAAUAGAUUCUCCAAGGAUAUGGGAGCCGUUGACGAGGUCUUGCCUAUGGCUAUGCUAGAUGUUUUACAG